GAAGCGCUCCUGAAGGGAGACGUCGGGUUCGUCCCCGGGGUCCCCGCCGCGGUCGUAGCUCACGGGCGCUGCCUCCCGGCGUCCGGCCGCUUCGGCUCCGCGGCCUGGGAGGAGGUUGCGCAAGGCGGGGGCCCGAGCCUCGAAAAGGGAUGCGCCGGGCGUUGCCUCCAGCCCGCCGCCGCCGCCGCCGCCAGAAGCCCCAGAAGAGCUGAGGGAGGCGACGCCGAAGCGCUGGCCCGGAGUGACCACGGCUGCAGCCCGGGCGGCGGGCUAGGGCGCUCGCCCGGCUUCUGGGCCGACCCCGUUCUUGCGCCUCCGCUCCCGGCCCGGGGCCCGCCCCCCAGGCCGGGCCUCGCUCCCGGGUCCCAGAUGACUACCGAGGGCGGGCCGCCGCCGCCCCCGCCGCGCCCGCCGCCAGCCCCGCUCCGCCGCGCGUGCAGCCCGGCCCCCGGCGCGCUCCAGGCCGCCUUGAUGAGCCCGCCGCCCCCCGCCGCCGCCGCCGCCCUGGAGACCACCUCGUCCUCGUCGUCGUCGUCCUCCACCUCCUGUGCCUCGUCCUCCUCCAACUCGGCCAGCGCUCCCUCGGCCGCCUGCAAGAGCUCGGCUGGCGGCAGCGGCUCGGGCGCGGGGAGCGGGGGCACCAAGAAGGCGAACUCGGGGCUACGGCGUCCCGAGAAGCCGCCGUACUCUUACAUCGCGCUCAUCGUCAUGGCCAUCCAGAGCUCCCCCAGCAAGCGCCUGACGCUCAGCGAGAUCUACCAGUUCCUGCAGGCGCGCUUCCCCUUCUUCCGCGGCGCCUACCAGGGCUGGAAGAACUCGGUGCGCCACAACCUCUCUCUCAACGAGUGCUUCAUCAAGCUGCCCAAGGGCCUCGGACGGCCCGGCAAGGGCCACUACUGGACUAUCGAUCCGGCCAGCGAGUUUAUGUUCGAGGAGGGCUCUUUCCGCCGCCGGCCGCGCGGAUUCAGGCGGAAGUGCCAGGCGCUCAAGCCCAUGUACCAUCGCGUGGUGAGCGGCUUGGGCUUUGGGGCCUCGCUGCUGCCCCAGGGCUUCGACUUCCAGGCGCCCCCGUCGGCGCCUCUUGGCUGCCACGGCCAGGGCGGCUACGGUGGCCUCGACAUGAUGCCCGCAGGCUAUGAUGCCGGCGCAGGAGCCCCCGGCCACGCGCAUCCGCACCACCACCACCACCACCACGUCCCACACAUGUCGCCCAACCCGGGCUCCACCUACAUGGCCAGCUGCCCCGUGCCCCCGGGUCCCGGAGGCGUCGGUGCAGCCGGCGGUGGUGGUGGCGGCGGCGGCGGGGACUAUGGGCCGGACAGCAGCAGCAGCCCAGUGCCUUCAUCCCCAGCCAUGGCGAGCGCCAUCGAGUGCCACUCGCCCUACACGAGUCCAGCGGCGCACUGGAGCUCGCCCGGCGCCUCGCCUUACCUCAAGCAGCCGCCCGCCCUGACGCCAAGCAGCAACCCCGCGGCCUCUGCAGGCCUGCACUCCAGCAUGUCCUCCUACUCGCUGGAGCAGAGCUACUUGCACCAGAAUGCCCGCGAGGACCUCUCAGUGGGACUGCCUCGUUACCAGCAUCACUCAACUCCAGUGUGUGACAGAAAAGAUUUCGUCCUCAAUUUCAAUGGCAUUUCUUCUUUCCAUCCUUCGGCAAGUGGGUCUUAUUAUCACCAUCACCACCAGAGCGUGUGUCAGGAUAUUAAGCCCUGUGUCAUGUGAAUGGACAAAGGCCACAUGAAGGCCCUCUCUCUUCUCUUUUCAUCUUCCCCUAAGGGGCAGAUAGGAACUUCGAAGGACUCACACAAUGUGCACGCGGAUAGCAGUAAGUAGCACUCUGUCACUUAGCCUGAAUGCCCAGGAAAGCCUCGUAUGCUGAUUUUUUGCCUACCAUUGGAAGAGAGAAAACCUUGGCAAGAUAAUGCACCAGAUGAGGGAGAGCAUGAACUAAGGGAUGGUAACAAAUUACCACAUGUAAAACAUAAACUUAAAACUCUGGGAUGGCCAUUGCCUUCAGUAAUCAGGGUCUGAAAAAAAGCAGACAAGUUGCGUGUAUGUGUGUGUUUUUUCUUGGUCUAUGAAAACUUGUGUGCUUUUCAAAAAGGCAGUGCUAAGCACAAGAUUUCAAGAAAGCCUCAUCUUGUUGCCUAGCUAGUUAGGAGAAUUCUGUUUCCCCCCCCAAACACUAGGUUUGUAUACAGGUGCCAAAGAACAUUAAGAAGAAAUGAUUUAGAACCAACCACAUCUAUUUUAAGAAAAUGGUUCUCAGUAUUGUGACAAUACAACAUUUUUACAAGGUUGUUUUCUACCACCAUAUUUUAAAGAUAUUUUUAUGAUCUUCUCGUAUACUCACACUUUGCUUGUAUUUUAAAAGGAGGAUAUAUUUGCACUUAUGUAUACUUUUACAGUUUGCCAAAAAAUAUUUUGAUGUAAAAUUUUUUUUCAAUAAAAUGUAUAUAACAAGUAGUUGUUUUAGGGAUCUGUUUCCUCUACAGGCACCCUGCUAUGGAUGCAUCAGUGGCCAGGUUCUCCCCCACCCCACAACCCCCAUCCAGCAUUGCAACUCUACCCUGCCCACCCCCACAUUGUAUAAUUGAUGUGGUGUGGGGUCUGUGCCUUGAGUAACACAGGCCAGGUUGUGACUAUGGGUCUUCUCAGGAGAAAAAAGAGGGAAUGCUUUCUGUUAUUUCUUUCUCUACUUCACCCUCACUUUUUUUUUCUGGCUAAACAAAAAACAGAAGGUGAAAGGAACUUAAAUGAAAACCAGGAAAGAUAAAGAAAGGCGGACAGUCUGAUUUGAGGAAACAAGCUCUGUGUCCCUUUUGUUUUCUUUCCUGUGCCCCAAAAGAUUUCUGUUCUUUGUUCUUUCCUCCUCCUCACCAGGUCAAGGUGGUGGGGGAAGAUGUCGGGGCAGAGUGGUAAGCCGUCAUCUAGCACCUGUGUGAUUGGGGCUUACCAGCCCAGUGAGGGUAAGGUGCCCAAAGGACGGGACCUGCGUCUCCUUGGCAGGUUGCAGUUUUAUUAUGGCUGGUGACAGUACUGAAGGGUUCUUGGGGAAGGCUGCUGAGGGUUAGUGAAGGAAACCCCAAGCAUCUGGGAGUUUAAAGCUGACACCCAGUUUUAACAGAGGUUUCGCUCAGGGGUUCCUUUAACCCCUUUUUUUCCUUCUCUUGUUGGGCUUCCCAAUCAUGAACACAACACAAAGAGCUGGUAAAGCUCUGGAUUAAAAAGAAAGAAACAAACAAACAAACAAAAACAGACAACUAAUAGAAGGCCUUAUUUCUUCCCCAGACCAUCCUCUCUGUCUGACCUUUCCUUCACUCUCUGAGCAGGAACAGAGAAAUGUUCAGCCAUAAUCACACUGUGGUGGUUUUUCUGUUCAACUCAGAUCUGGAUCUUUGGUUUUGUUGUUGUUGUUGUUGUUUUUUUUUUUUUUUUUUUGCUUUUACUGAGUGGGAUACUCACCUUUGUUUCUGAGCCCCUGAAAGGUCUUCCUGCUAAUCCAUUACUAGGCACUUAGUACCACUCUGGAGAACUCUUAUAUGUUGGGGAUUUUGGUGUUCCAAGUGAAUUUCAGUCCAGGGACUGUCUCCUGAGUAAAACGUCUUAUUUUUAAAAGUCAUCUUCCUAAUCUUCCUUCCUCUAUUUUACAAAAAUUAAGCUGUGAUUUAAACAUUUUAUUUUGUCUAUUAUAUUUGUAGUUAAAUAGGGACACACACACACACACACACACACACACACACACACACACACCCUUGCCCCCUUUCUUUUUCUUUUUCUUUUUUUUUUUUUUUUGUCUUUUCUUUUACACUGAGCUACUCGGGGGCCUGCUAUAAAUUAUGAAGUCAGUUUCAGAGUUUGCUCCGACCACAGUGCUGUGUUUACAUUCCUUCCGAGGCAGCCGGCAUGGUCGUAAUUUAUAUCCUAAACACUUGAACGUAACUUGUUUAUACAGAGAAUGACAGGACCUCAAAGACAAAAACUCCGCGUCUGUCUGACUGACCGCAUUGGGAGGGCCAGCGCGCCCCCUGGUGGUGCAAGGAGACCCACGCAUGGGGAUCGCCGGUCCUGUAAAGAACUCCAGCAACUUUACAAAAUGACCCAUAUCGUGGUGUAUUGAUGACAAACAUUUAGAAUAUCUCACUUUGAGGAAUUAUACUUUACGGUUUUAGGGAAUACUUUUUUGGUGUUUUCUGUUUUACUCUUUCUAAUGUGUUCCUGAAACCUGAUGGAGAUUCGAUUAAUGUCAUCCUGAAACGUGAUGGAGAUUCAUGGACAGUCCUGACCAUAUUUAGUAGGUGCUAGAAUCCUGACUAGCCAUCUUGGUACGUUUCUAGAUUUCUCCCUAGCUAAGGUUAUUGUUCGUUUCUCUUCGAGUCAAAAUUGCUUUUCUCCUAACUGCCCCUCCUUCAAAGACAAGUUAAUAUCUAGUUCUUUUCUUUUUCUUCUCUCUGAUUCUCCCCCCUUUCUUCGAGAAGCAUGCAUUGCUUAGUCUUAAAUGUUGCUCCAGCAUUCGUAGUAAGUUCUCAAAGAAGCACUUCAUUGCUUUUAGAAGUGAAAAUAAAUGAACUAACUUAACUGGGGGUAAAUGUCGCUGGGUUUUGUUUGUUUGUUUGUUUGUUUUGGUGCUGAGGAUUGGACCUAGGGCCUCUUACAUACUAAGCAAAUGCUCUACCACUGAGCUAUAUCCCCAGCCUAUCCCUCAAUUAUCAAAUGUAUUUUGAACACUUAGUUUUCUAUUCAUUGACAUAAUAAAAUGAUUUAUAAAAAGACA